AUAAAGGAAGUUGUGCCCUGUUUGUUCCCUCGGAGAAGCUCUGACGGCGAAGUGAACAAGCCACGUCCUUAAUCCGCUGUUCAACACCACAGACAGAACAGACUGUACCAAACCUCCCACAUUCCAGCAUCAACAGGACCAUCAGAGGAGUAACAAGAACAAUGGGUUAUGGAAACAUCAGAUCGGUUGAGACCAGUGGAGCUUCAUGGCAAACUGCUAAGCAGGACAGGCUGGGAUACUCAGGUGAACGUGCAUCACACAAAAUGGCAGAGACGGACAUGGACAGAAUGAGUCAGUACAAGUCCAAAAUCAUGAGAGUCGGUCAGAGACACGGAGUCGACCCGGCUCUCAUUGCUGCCAUCAUCUCGAGAGAGUCCAGGGCUGGAAAUCAACUGAAAGACGGCGGCUGGGGAGACUGGAAUCCACAGAGAAAUGCGUACAACGCCUGGGGACUGAUGCAGGUUGAUGUUAAUCCCAAUGGAGGUGGACACACUGCUAAAGGUGGAUGGGACAGUGAGGAACACCUCAACCAAGGCACUGAGAUCUUGGUUUAUUUUAUUAACCGAAUCAGCAAUAAGUUUCCUGACUGGAGCAAAGAGCAGCAGCUGAAAGGAGGGAUAGCAGCCUACAACCAGGGGGAUGGGAAUGUGCGUUCCUAUAGUGGAGUAGAUCAACAAACAACCGGUGGAGACUACUCCAAUGACGUCACAGCCAGAGCUCAGUGGUACAAAAACAAUGGGUACUGAAUCUGAGCAGUCUCCUGAAAGUCAUCAAUGAAACAUCAUAUUGUGUGUACUGUGUCAAAACCCGGGCUAAAUAAACGUGAUGCAAAGUGAAA